CUUGAUUGCCUCUCAUACUUGAUCCCACUUUGUAACUUUAAAAUCUGUUAAUCAUUACAGGCGUGUAGUAGCACUCCUUUAACCACACGGCACUCGUCACCGCGGAACCACAAGUCAUGUCGUCAUACUUCGAUCUCCCGCCACAGAAAGUGGCACCACCAGAGUGUAUAGAACAGAUACCUCAAGAACAACGGAAACAGUUGGGCCGCACUAGCAGCCUGAUGUCCCCAGCCGUCGCUCAGAUCCUUGAAGGACUAGGAAAUGACCACUCGAGUAGCAGCGAGGAAGACUCUGACCUAUCAGACGAUCAAGAGAAGGGACAUCCCAAAUCGCAAUCUAAGAAGGAUAUCAGCGCCCAGAAGAUACAGCAAAAGAAGCAAAAGCUCAACUCGGCUCAAGCACCUCGGCCAUCCUCUCUCUCCCCGAACAGAAGCAGAAGUCGCUCCAGGUCGGCAACCAGAAAAGUUUCCAAUAUGUCGUCAUCUGCAGAUGCCAAAGAAGCCAGUUCCGAUAGACCUAAAAAUAAACAACCACAAAUGGCUCGCUUUCAUUCUCUCCGAAGUAUCCUUUUCCAGCAGAAGAUCGAAGAUCGUUUAAGGACAGCUACGCAAGAAGAUUGCAAGAAGGAGGUCAGUGCUGCGGAGACGUGGCAAAAUCAACACAAAGAGCGCCAAAUGCACCAUCCAACAACGCCCGAGAAACAUGCGCAAGUGAAGAGUGGAAUUGGAAGCAGGCUUAAGAUGACGUUGCGGAGAAUGACAACCAGGGAUGCAGGGGGGAUGGAGAAGAUCAAGGAGGAUGGGGCACCGGUUGAAUUCAAAGAUCGUCCGUCGACUCUUUCCUCGGAAAAUGAAGAGAAACAACCGGAAUCAAAGAAAGCAACCGAGAAUGAUGACGCCAGCAUCAAGGAUACCGAUGUCGACGAUCUUGUUCGAUGGGUUAGCCGGCGCGGUUCGUCUGGUGAGGGUGAGGUGCAGAAAGAUGACACUGUAGAGGGCGUCAAGGACGACAUCGGCCAGGACAGCCUUGGUCAUUCCAAUAUUCAAGAUCCCGUUCACCAUGCAAGAAGGAAAUCGUCCACCAAAGACGUCCAGGAUGCCAGUGAUGAACACCUAGGAUAUAGCGACGCGCCCACAGAGUCUGAUACUGAACUCUCGUCGGACGAGGAAGAGAAUGCAGAUGACCUUGUACGCUGGAUAUCGCAUCGUGACAGAUCCAAAGCCGGUCCAGUCAGGCGAAAUCUGCAACGAGAAGAGCUGGACUCCGAUGUAGAAGAACACUAUGACUCGGACGUCCCAGAAAUAGGCCGGUGGUACAAACGUCAUGAUGCUACCAGUGGAGAAUCGGCAGCCACAACUCCGAUCAAAGAAACAUUUGAGCAGCAGCAGAUAGAAGAAGAAGAAGAAAACCGCGGCCGACCUCGAAGCCGCGAAUUGCCCGAGCCACCCGCUCAAGAGAAAACCCACCUUUCAUCCUCCGAUGUCGACGAGCUCGUCCGCUGGAUAAGCAGCAAAAACCUAAAACGCCCCGAUACUCCCCUUUCCCAAGCGCAAACCCAGACCGGGACUCCGGAAAGCACGCAAGACGAAAAGAAACAGGCUGUCGGUAUGAGUCUGGACCAAGGAAGCUUGUCCCACCGCGACGUGCAAGAAUUGAUCGAGCAUGUGCGCAAAACAAGUACACCAACAGAUGACACCGCUCCAGACUCUUCCAGUAUCGAACGAGGUGAUCUGAAGAACAUGCAGCGUGAGAAUAGUCCGUCAACUCGCGAUCCACAGCUGGAACUAGAGGGGAAAAGAGAGGAUAUCAGGAACAAGGAGAAGGAAGAACAGCUCGGUAUGAGUAUGCAGGAUGCUAGUUUGAGCCAUGGCGAUAUCGAGGAUUUGCUCGCGCAUGUGAGGAGCAAGUAGUGAGCUUUUGAUGCGGGUAUUUGAGAUUUCAAGUGGGGAGGGGAGUUGAAGCUUUUUGGGGUACGGGAUCCCACGGACACCAAGUGGGGUCUCCGUUCGGGGAUAGUAGCGGGGUUGGGAAGGUAACGGACUCGGACUUUAAUGAUAGUGUAUACUUGUGUAAGAAGAGGAAAGGAGUUUUUGUGAAUUUUUUGAUUGAAAGCGUGUGUAUUUUCUUUUGGUUUUGAGAGACUUUGGGGGAUAGAUAUGUAGUUUAGUAAUGU